AUGGACUUAAAUCGACAAUGUGAUUGCCCUAGUGCAAGUAGAGUUCCAACCGCGGUAAAUGACUUUCUUUAUGAUCAAUGCGGGCCAAGGCUUUUGUCAUUAGUUAGUGGGCUUGAUCAUACUAGAACUGACAAUUGCUCGCUAGAAUGUAAUGUUGAAAAUCACACUGAAACCGCUGCAAGUUCGAUUGGUUAUGUGCCUAGCUCAAGUGAAGACGAUGAAGCAAGUGAAGAAGUCACACAAAGUUUAAAAGUAUCUGAUUUGUCCUUAAAAAAUUAUUGCUCGGCGUUAGAUAGGACGGAUACUUCAGAUCGCUUUGGAUCAUUGCUUGCUACAAUGCUAAUAAAAGAUUUGCAAGCUGCGAUUACUACAAAAGUAAAAAAGGAUUUUAAAGAAAACACAGCGGAUAAAAUUAUGAAAUAUUUUGAUUAUCUGGUCAUUGACAAAAAUAAAAUUUCACGCGAGCGUAACAAAUGUAGAGCACAAACUGAAGCAGCAACAAAAACUGGCACUAAUCUUAAAUGCAUUUCGUAUGAUGGUAAACAGGACGUAACACUACAAAAAAAAAUAGUUCACGGUAGCGUAAGAACAAUGCUUCUAAGAGAGGAGCAUAUUACAAUUUUGAAAGAGCCUGAUUCGAAAUUUAUUGGAUACGUAUCUCCAAAAGAAGGCACUGGGGAAGCAAUCCAGCAAGCAAUAGUAAGCUUUUUGAAUACCCAAAAAUAUUGCUUAAACGAACUUGUAGCUAUAAGCUGUGAUGGUACAGCUGUCAAUACUGGAUAUAAAAUUGGAGUAAAUGCACAAAUGGAACGUUAUUUACAAAGGCCCUUGCAGUGGAAUGUGUGUUUGUUACAUUUCAACGAGUUGCCUCUAAAAAAGUUGUUAACGCAUUAUAUUGGCAAGCAGAAAGGACCUGGUGUUUGGCCAGGGGUGUUGGGGUCUGAAAUUAUGACUUGCACCAAAUACCCGGUUGUAAGUGGUUUUGAGGCUAUUGCUAUGGGAGUUAUUCCUGAAAAUAUUGGCUCUUGGGAAUUACGCAAUGAUCAGCGUUAUUUAUUUGAUAUGGUUUUGGCAGUAAAUAAUGGUGAAUGCGAUGAAUAUCUCGCUAGUAAGAGCCCCGGUCCCGUCAGUACAGCUCGGUGGCUUACAACAGCUUCCAGGUUACUUCGGGUAUAUGUUUCCAAAGAAAGCCCGUCAGCGGAGUUGCGAAACAUGGUAGAGUUUGUUGUGAAAGUUUAUGCACCAUUCUGGUUUCUUGUAAAGAGCCAGUCACAAACAAUUCAUGGAAGUAGACACGUUUUUAACUAUAGAAAAUAA